GCGAUAAUAUUUCCCAGCUGGCAACACUACCGCACAAUCGCUCGCGCUGCCUGUCCCUGUGUGUGAGCGCAGAUGAUUUUGAAAACAAAUCGUCGUGAUAAUCUAUGUAUUUAUGCGUUGUGCCUUCAUUAAAAUAGUUCCCGUUGGCUCCUGCAAGAGUGUUAGUGAAUGUGCUACGCAUGUUUGUCACUCAAAUUAUUUAAUCAGGUCAUAGUGAUGUGGGUAAUUCAUUUCUCAGUGAGUCAUUCUAGUUUUUGUUUGUGUUGCGCUUAAACUGGAUACUACAACAAUGAUAUUUGUCGUUUUAAAAUAGUUAUUUCGUGAUAGUGGCCUCGAGUUAAGUCAAAGUGAUGGAUAUACCGCCGGUGCCCAAGCCCAGGAGUGCAUUUUUGCCUCCUGCCGAGCCCAUGACACGUCCCGUGCCAGUCCCUCGCACCAAGCUGCCGCAGCCGACCGACCGGGUCACCGCGUCUGACAUAUUCAAGUCCAUAAGUACAGUUUCUAAGCAACUGUCGGAUGAUGUCGCAUUGAAAGUGAGUAAUUCUGCAAAAACUGCCAACGAAAAGUUGGAAAGGUCAAUCCAGGACGGCUCCAAGUUUGCUAAAGAUACAUUAGAGAAAACUCUGACAACAUCUCGAGCUGUGCGCAACUCGGUUACUAAGUCUGUGAUAGAAGGAACCAGGACGGCCGGGCUCAGGCUUAGAAGGACAAAGAAACCAGAUAGUCUCGAUGAAAAUGAUCCUCAAAGAUGUGUCUCAAUGCCAGCUGUUGAUGUAAGCUUGUUCGAAAAUUUACAAUUCAACUCUCCUCUGCUGGAACAAAAGAGGUUCCACAAUGAUGGAGUGGCUGCACAGAACAUCCAAGAUCAUCCUAACAUGCAUUUAAAUACUACAAAUUUUGAUGAUUUGUCUCUGUUCUCCAGUAAUUCAGAUAAUACUGAUUCUGUGAGUAGUUUCUCAUAUGACAUGAGCAGAGAUUUUGAACAAAAUGCCUCCAGUUUAACUUUAGAAAGUGAGCAGAUGACUUAUGACAUUCCAAAACCAUCCAGAACGAACAGUGUAGUUAGUUCCAUGAGCUCCACAUCCAUCGGUUCUAGUCCAGACAUCCCAGAGAGAAGGAAAAAGAGAGAAACAGCGUCCAUAGAAGUUAUGAAAAAGAAUUCUAUGUAUGAGAAUUGGACAUUGCCAUUUCAAUCUUCAACCAGAGCAAAAACUCCUACAAAAGAAGAGUUAACCAAUAAUGAACCAAAAAAAGCCAGUAAAAGUACAAUAUAUGAGUUUGAUCCGCUACAAUCAAGUACAUCAACACAAAAGUAUGAUGGAGUGAGCAAUGAGUUGAUAUUACUUGAAUCCUUCUUGAUUGGGGACACUUAUGGCACAAUAGUGGCUUCAGAUAACACAGAUGAUACCUUUGAGUUUUAUGAAAGUGAAUAUUUUAAUCCACCAACCCCACCAGAGCGUUCAGAUAGUCUUUUUAAUGACACAAAGCCAACCAAGUUAACUGUAGUAGAUAAAGAUAGAAAUUCUAAUUGGUUUGUCGCAACUGAUGCUGAGACAAAGUCUCUAGCUGAAGAUGAUGCAAAACCAACUAAUUCUGUAAUGCAGAAGUUCUCUCAUAUGCUUAAGUUUGAAAAACUAAAUAAGUCAACUAAGCCUGCACCGCAGAAAGUUGAAUGUGUUGAGCGGCCUCCGGUGAACACAUUACCAGUACCUUACUUCAGUGGUAUGCUGACAAGGAUUGUAUCCGGAGUUGUUGAGGACCUGUUUAAAAAUUCACAGACUCGGUACUGUGUACUGUCUGAUCAAAAGAUGAUGUGUUACUCAGAUCCUACAAACUCAAUAUUGAAAGAAGCUUACACUUUGGAUAAUAUUUACUCCGUACAAAUUGUGCUGCCUUUGUCUUCUAGCACAACAAGCAACUCGUAUUGUUUCGAGCUGUUGGUGUGCUCCGGGGGUAUGAGGAGUUCUCCUCGCAAGAUCCUGUUCAGCUGCGCGAGCGCAUCGGAGCGACGCAACUGGGCGCAGAAGAUCGCAGAACAUUUAACCUGUGGCUUCGCGACCAAGUAUACCUCAGAGUUCACUAGGUGCGGCUGGUGUUAUUUGAAGGAGGGAGUGACGGGCGAGUGGCGCGGCGCCUGGGUGAUGCUCAUCCGACGGGUGAUGGUCUACUACACUACCAAAGACCCCACCGUUUGCACCGUGGACUUAAGAAAAACGAGAUGCGUCGUGACUCAGGAGGCCGAUGAAGACACGAAGGCUACCUGUCCAACAGACGGCAGUGACAACCUCCUUCUGGACUGCCCUCACGCUACCCUCUACCUACGAUUCCCGCACGAGAGGGAACUUAAAGGUUGGCGUUAUAUGGUGAAACUGGCAGCUCACAACAAUGGCGCCCACAUUCACCAUCAACAGCUCACCAAGGAAGAUGUGCCGGCUAUCGUCGAUAAAUGCCUUAGCUUUAUUUAUGCACAUGGCAGCCUGUCGGAAGGCAUCUACCGUCGCGCGGGCAGCAGCUCGGUGCUGUCGGAGCUACUCGCGCGGUUCCGCAGAGACGCAUGGUCCGUGCAGCUCAGCUCCACGCAACAUUCCGAACACGACGUCACUGGGGUGCUUAAGAGAUUUUUCCGCGAUCUUCCUGAACCUUUAGUGCCGCAAGAAAAACAUAAGGACUUGAUCUCAGCGUUAGAAUUAUCCGACGAGACCGCUCGUCACCACGAGUACCACAAGAUCAUGUGCUCCCUACCUCUGGUGGCGCGGAAUACGGCGCGCAAAUUGUUCGCACACCUGCACUUCUUGCAUACAAUGGCGCAUGCCAAUAAGAUGGGCGCUGAUAACCUGGCAUCCGUAUGGGCGCCCACUAUCAUGCCAGCUGCCAUGACCAGCAACACCUUACAAACUGCUUGGUCUACCAAAGAGGUGUUCGUUGUUCGUGAUUUGAUCGCCAACUUCGAGUCUAUAUGGGAGCCCACGGAGGCUGAGCGACGUCGCGAGGCAGCGGUCCGGCGCGUCAUCAUGCGAGUGCUGAGCAACUCGGCACCCGCCGCGCCCAAGGCUGCUGGGGAUCUCAGAACAUGGGUCUAUGUACUCGAUAAGUCAACGUGCCAUCAAAUUACUCUGACGCCAAACAAAACCAGCUCGGACAUUUGCAUAGAGCUCUGCGAGAAAGCGAAAACCGAGUCCCAUCUGCUCAUGUUAGAAGAGGUGAUAUGCAACGACUCAAUGCGCCGUAUCGUUCACAUCGACGAAAUAGUUCUGGACGUCGUGUUGAGAUGGAGCUACUGGGACGAGGAUGAUAGGAAACACAACUAUUUAGUGGUAUCACAGAAUAAACUGCUCCAUGAUAUGGAAGCGAUGAGGAGCACGACGUCCGUGUGCGGCGAACUGAGGCUCGCGACCGAAGCUAUGAAGUCCUUCAAGCUGCACAUGUUUGAGGUGCAGAAUUCAAGGCUGUGUUAUUUUAAGGAUAAACAGGGUUCCCACAAGAUUGAGGAGUGGAAGAUCAAAGACAUCCUGUGGUACAUCGGUCACGAGCCGAAGAGGAACCCGCAGUCCCGAUGGGCGAUCACCUUUAUAACUAGGAAUAAACAGAAACGGAGUAAAGAUAAGCCGUGGUUUGGUUGCACGAUAGCAGGCGCAGUUACAGAAGACCAACUGAAGUGGAUGACGGCGCUAAUGUUCGCGGAACAUUCCACAAUACUGCCGACCCCUAGACUGGUUAUCACGUAGCCGGAUUAAUGAACGAACAGUGGGGAAAGCAGUGUUCAACAAAUAUUCCUACUGGUCAACGUUAUGAAAUGGAAAAAGGAGCAUCAAGUCUGAACUACUUUCUCUACUUGCAUGAAAUUAAUAUUGUGUAAAAGUAGUCAUUAUGUUUGCAAAGUUUUUAAUACUUUGAUACCAUUUAACUACAACCAUAACAGAAACUUUUGAAAUAGUUAAAUUGGCUAUUUGACCGAUGGGCGGAAAGUAUACGGCUGGUUAUCGUUUGGUUAUCGUUUUAGUUAAAUGGUGAAGCUUACUCUUAUUAUAUCAAAAUAGCAGAGUUUCUUUAUUUAGGCUAACUAUCACGCCUAUUUCUAAGGGUGAUUAACAGAAAUACAUUUAUUGUAAAGAUAACUUAUGAGACUAUUUCAAUUUACGGUGAAUACUUCAAAUGGUAGCGUCAUAUAUCUUCAAACUUUAAUGUAAUCUGAUAAACUUUUUAAUUUUACCAAAUAUCGCAUUGCAUUUGAAUUGUAAGAGCUUUAGGCGUUAAACACGGUCAUCAGAAAUUGCUUUGAGGUAUAUUAAUACCACGGUCGGUAAGAUCACGCCGCAUAUCGAAUAUUAACUAAAAAACAUCAAACAACCAUUUUAUAUUCGAAUUUUCAGAUACCAGUUGCAGCAUUCACCUUAACAGUAAUAAUUGAUCUGUAUCUAUGUCUAUUAACAUAAAUUGUAUGAUAACACUUUCAAAUUAUAGUUAAAGUUUAAAAAAUUUCGAUAUAUAAAUUCACAAUGUUCCUUAAAAUAUAUUUAAGACAAUGCAGUUGCACUAUGAUACGAGUAAUAAACCCUUGGCUUUUUAGCAAUAAGAACUUAAAAUACAAAAAAAUAGGUAAAUAUUUCUGUCUAGGUAAACUAACCUCAGUACAGGUACUUGAGAGUGUAAAUAGACUAAUGUAAAAAAAACUAUAAUAUUAGUGUCCAACAAAGACAGAACGCUGUUGAAAUACGAAAUAUUUUCAAAAUUAACACCAAGACUAGGGCCCGGUUUCACUGGUUAACUAUAUAAUACUAUCAGAUAUCGUUAUCCAAGACCUGUGAAACCUAACCUUUUUUAUCUGUCAUAUAAAUUCCUUAUGGGCUUCAGAAACCGGUGAAAGUGGCCAUGAGAGUACCAUUUAACCAUAAUGAUAACCAAAGAUAACCAAACUGUAACCAGCCGUAUACUUGCAGCUCAUUGGUCAAGUCGGCGAUUUGACAACUGAAAAUGGUUCGGUUAUCGUUAGGUUAUCGUAUAGGUACAAAUUCGCCGUUACACUGCAUUUGUUAAACAUCUAACUUUUUGAUUGUGAAUGCUUUACCAAUGUUAUUAGAAAAAACACCUCGAUUUGUAAAUACUUAGAGAUAAGAACGCAAAUGAAUUAUUAUAUAUGAAUUACCCAUGUAAUAGUACAACUCUAGACUACAAGGAUUUUUAUGGAUUACCUUUGAAUCUCUUCAAUUAAUAGAUUUAUACGAAAAGAGAUUUUAUUGAAUGGUGUCGGGAUAGAUACAUAUUUUUAUUUUCUUUUUGAGUUGAAAUGCUAUGAAACCAUAUAAAUGUCGUGAUAUUUUUAACUGUAUGUAUAGUGAAUAAUGUUAUGCAUGCAAUAUAAUUCUGUGGUUAACACAUGUGAUAAGCGCAGGCGCAUAAUUCUCAAACCGUAUUUGUGUAAAAAAAAUAUGUAAAAUCGUUGGUGUGCGCACUGUGUAGCACAAUUAGUUUCAAACACAAGUUGUAUGUAAGUCACGGCGUCACUCAUGCGCUAGUGGAUGAUCGCGAAAUGUACAGCUCAACAAAUGCGCUAAAUAUGUCAUUUCAUAACAUCUUACUUUGUUAACUUGCAACGUUUCUUAAAAAUGCAUCUUACUAUAGUUCGGCCGUUCAGAGAAUGCGUUCCUGACACCUAUCAGUUAGUCAGGACUAGUGAUGGGCACAACAUAACACUGAGUUCGUUACCGUUCCCCCAAAAUAAACCGCCGCAUUAUUUUAAGAUUAUUUUCGUUUUAAAUUGGCGGAAUCAUUUAAAAUUUAUAUUUUAGUUAUUUAAGUGGAAACCAAAAAAAGGUAAUAUUCAUAUAAUAAAAUCGUUUUAUUUAUUCUUUGUUACAAAGUUACAAUCUGUAUUUCUAUGCAAUAAAGUAAGUACAUUGAAUUGAAUGUGCGUACAGAAUGUUAAUCAGACUCCGAUUCGCUUGAGGAGGUGGUGUCUUCAUCAUCAUCUUCGCCUACGUGUAUAUUACGUGUAUAUUAGGUAUUAUCAAUAACAGAAUCAAUCCUGAUAUCUCGGUCAAAAUCUUCCAAAAUCAGGUUUUUAGAGCUCUACCUCACUGGGACGCCAUGGCGACGUCGCCAGCGGCACAGGUCUGGCUACUUCUGGCAUCCAAAUGUCGCCAAGUCGAGUGGCCAUGGCGUCUCGACAGUCAAUUGUUUACGUCGUCGCUCAAGAAAUUGCAAGCUGACUGGUGACCACAUUGGCGACUGUGUGAGGGAGGUGCGCUUUACCGUGUACAUUAUAGUGGCUACUGUGGCCACGUCGCCAAGUUGCCACGGUAGCCAGAAGCCACAUAGGGAACUGUAGCUCGUGGCCACGCCUCCAAUUUGGCGACGUUACCAAACCGUCGCCAAGUGAGUUAGGUUCCAUACAUUUCAAUACUAACUGCUUGGAUACGUAGCCGGCGACGUCGCCAUUGGCGUCCUAAUGAGGCAGGGCAUUUAGUUUUAGCGCACGAAACGACAACAAAUGACUAUUUAGCGUCACAAAAUCGCGCGUUCAGUUUGAUCAUAGUUUUAUUUUUAUAUUUCAUAAAAGUUAUCCUAUAGUCCAUUAUUUUCAAAUUCUUAAAAAGAAAAACAAAACGUAUUAUUUUAUAUUAUAAGUAUAACUGUAUAAGAACCAUCAACCAGAACAGAUUACGAUACUUGCCUGUUAUUUUUAGCACAGCACUACAAAUAUAAAGCGCUGACAUAACCUUGUAAUAGCGCAGUAUAGAUUUAGAAAAAUAUUGUUUACCAAGUUAUUUGACACUCAAUUUGGCACAAAAUUACAACAUUCAUUGAUUAUUAUUGAUAUAAUAAUGUUGUUUUAAUGCUCAACAAUUGUUAAAACGAUAAAUAACCAGCAAAAAUAUUUUUAUCGUACUGCAACGCCAUUACAAAGUUACGUCGUCAGUUCAAUCGCGAUGUGUCAGAAACGCAUUCUCUGAGCGGCCGAACUAUACUAUCCAAUAAAAUAGAAUUCCUGAUUUAUUGAACUUGCUGUGUACGACAUCCAACUAAGAAUGGCUCGAAGUUAAUAGAGGCUAGAAUAAUAUGUGAAUUUUAUCUUAAUGCACGCAAACAUUACAAAACAAGAAUUUAAUAGAUUUUGUACGUUUUUGCCGAAAAAGCGCAACCUUAGGUGCUAUCUAUAGACUAGUAAAUCAUAGAUUAGUGUAUUAAAAUUAUGUUUGUAUAGUAGUUUCCUACUUAUUACAAAUAAUAAUAAAAAUCAGCGUAGCAAAUAUAACCACUCCAUGGUAACUGUAGAAACUGAAUAAAAUUAUAAUACAGUAGGAUAAGAGGCUUUUGUGAAACUUAUUAAAACGGACUGAAUAUAUGAAAUACGUCUGGCCCUAAAUAAUUAAGCUUGUCAAGUAUUUUAGUACAGAAAAAUAUUAUAAUUUCAGCAUAGUGGAAACCUAGCCACUGCAAAUAGAAAAUGUAAAGUAUUCUUAAAAAACGUUUAGUGCAUGAAAUAUACUUAUUUAAAAAUUAUGAGUUACGUAGUAUUUUUUGUGAUAAGAUUUCGUAAUAAGUUGUAACAUGAAGUAAGUGUAACAAUAAAUUGUAACAUUUUGUAUAUGUAUGAUAAUGCUCAAAUAAAUGCGUUUUAAAUAUAA